AUGAAAAAUGACCUAAUAGAAAAAUUAAGCAAUUUGUCAUAUGUUGCGACUACAGCUGAUGCCUGGUCUAAUGGUAAAAGAAGUUAUCUUCGUAUAACUGUGCAUUGGAUUAAUCCAAAAACUUUGUCUCGUUGUAAUGGAGCACUUGCAUGUACCCGAUUAAAAGGGCCUCAUACUUAUGAUGUGCUAGCCCAGUUAUUAUUCAACACAUAUGUGUCUUUUAAAAUACAAAAUCAAGUUAUGAGGACAACUACCGAUAAUGGUCGCAAUUUUGUGAAAGCUUUCACUGUUUUUGGAGUUGAUCAUGAUGUAAACAACACAGCUGUAUGUAACGAUGAAGCAGAUGAUGUACAGUUUAUUGAAUUAUUUGACAUAUUAUCUACUUCAAAUACAUACAUGAAUGAUGAUGACUAUAACAAUAUACAUCUGCCCCCACAUUUUCGUUGUGCAAGUCAUAGAUUUAGUGGUCAGCAAAGAUAUUGA